AUGAAGUUCCUCACCUCCACCGUCGCCCUCAUCUCCCUCUGCCUCACCCCGGCCCUGGCCGCUCCUGCUGCUGCUCCCGAGCCCGCCACUGAUGCCAGCACCGCCGCUGUCUCCGUCUCUGUGUCCUACGACACCAGCUACGACAACGCCGGCGCCUCGCUGACCACCGUGUCGUGCUCCGACGGCGCCAACGGCCUCAUCACCCAGGGCUACUCGACCUUCGGCUCUUUGCCCAAGUUCCCGCUCAUCGGCGGCGCCCCGACCAUCCCCGGCUGGAACUCGCCCAACUGCGGAAACUGCUACAGCAUCCACUACAAGGCCGGCAAGGUCGACAAGACCAUCUACGUCACCGCCAUCGACGCCGCCCCCGGUGGCUUCAACCUCGGUCUGCGCGCCAUGAACCAGUUGACCAACAACCAGGCCCAGCAGCUGGGUCGCGUCACGGCUACUUAUGCCCUGGCGGAUCCGUCGAAGUGUGGAUUCUAA